AAAAAGAGAAGCACUCUUGUCAGUUCAGCAUAUUCUUGCACAAGUGAAAUGCAGCAGCAUCAAAAAGUUAUGCUGGAAAAUUGCAGCUUGCCCUUGAACAACUUAUUAGUUGUUGGCAGUGAAGAGACAUGGAAAAAUGUGCAUAGUGCAGACGAAUUAACAGAGCAAUUUAGGCACCUAAACAUCAAUAGAGAAAGUAGAGAACUUCUAUUACAUGGGCAGAAUGCACUUGUCCCGUAUAACCAGCAACAUCAAAAGCACAAAGGCCCUGCCAAUGGAUAUGGCACCAUCAUUCCCUACGAGGGCUCAUUUGAUCUCAUUAAAAAACAACGCCCACGACCUAAAGUUGACCUUGAUGAGGAGACUAAUAGAGUGUGGAAGCUUCUUCUAUUAGAUAUAAACAGUCCUGGAAUUGAUGGAAUGGAUGAAGACAAGGCUAAAUGGUGGGAAGAAGAACGAAAAGUGUUCCGUGGAAGGGCCGACUCAUUUAUUGCUCGGAUGCAUCUUGUACAAGGAGACAGACGAUUUUCAAAAUGGAAAGGAUCAGUUGUGGACUCAGUGGUGGGAGUUUUCCUCACACAAAAUGUCUCGGACCAUCUUUCCAGUUCUGCAUUCAUGUCCCUUGCUGCUCGAUUCCCCCUGAAGUCAAGCAACAAGUAUCAAACAUACAGUGAGGGAAGCACAAGCUUGUUAGUCAACAGACCACAACCAGAAGUGUACAUUGUGGAACCAGAGGAGAGUUCACAGAAAGUAUUGAAUCCAUGUGCUUAUGACUUGAGUUCUAUGACAAUUGAGAGCACUGAACAUUCUGAAGGAAAAGAAGUUGUUGACAGCAACGAUUUCUGCAGAACAAAUGGGAGCUUAACUAGCUCAACAGAUGAAUCAAACUUCAAACUGUCAGAAUCAACUCAGAAACAUAUGAGGGACAACCAUUGUCCAUUGGAAAGUGGACCAGUUGGUGCCACCAUAGGGGAAGCACAAGAAAUUUUGUGUAUUGGGAGUGUUAGCAAAGAGUUAAGUGACAUGGUGUCAUCCCAAUGCUCUGUCAUUACCUCUCAAAUAUGUGCAGAGUGUUCAGUUGAGCAAAGUCCAGAGAAGAUAGGAUCAUGCUCAGAGAGCAACUCAGAAGUAGAAGAACUAUCAAAUGCAGCCAAGUACAACAUCUUUCAUGAUAGAACUUCUUUCAGUAAGCUUUUAGAAAUGGCAAGUUUGACAACAUUACAUGAAGUAAACAGUCAAACAAGCAAAUCAACUGAGAACUCAAGAGAUGCAUCUGGUCAAUCUAUAGGCAUAAAGCAUGGCAACCAAACAGAAAAGUUGAAUGUUACCCAAGAUUUCCCAGAAGCCUCCAUCAUCACAUGUAAUGAAUAUUCUUUGAAAAUGACCCCUAAAGGAGGAGUACUUGAAGCUGGCCCUUUCGAAAUAGAAGACUUGUCAACUGAUUUCAGAAAGAAUAAAGAAGAAAAUGACAUGAAGGGGCCUGGUGUUCAAGCAUCAGAGUCUGAAACCCAAGCUGCAAUUGCCCAUUCUCAAUGUAUGCUAUCUCAGUUUCACAGUCAACAACAAAGUAAUCACAAAGAGAAAAAUGCUUUGCAUGUUUUAGAAGAAACUCAAGAUCCUAUACAGAAACCAAGGGAAUUAGAUUGUGGUCACAAGAGCAAUACCGUCAAAGAACACACUAAAAUUGCCUCCACAAAAUCAACAAAGAGUAGGGUGCACCUAAAGGAUAAAAAAGAUAAUUUUGAUUGGGAUAGUUUAAGAAGACAAGCACAAGAUAAGGCCGGGAAGAGGGAAAAGACAGAAAACACCAUGGACUCUUUGGACUGGGAUGCUGUUAGACGUGCAGACGUCAGAGAGAUUGCUGAUGCAAUCAAGGAAAGGGGCAUGAACAACAUGCUUGCUGAACGUAUUAAGAACUUCUUAAAUCUCUUGGUUGAUAAACAUGGGGCCAUUGACCUUGAGUGGCUAAGAGAUGUUCCACCAGAUCAAGCAAAAGAAUACUUGCUCAACAUAAGGGGAUUAGGAUUGAAGAGCGUGGAGUGUGUGCGACUUUUAACAUUGCAUAAUCUUGCUCUCCAGCCACUACCUGAGUCACUACAAUUGCAUCUUCUAGAAUUGUACCCUGUGCUGGAAUCCAUACAAAAAUAUCUUUGGCCCCGACUGUGCAAGCUAGACCAAAGAACACUGUAUGAGCUGCACUAUCAGCUGAUUACAUUUGGAAAGGUCUUCUGUACAAAAUAUAAACCAAACUGCAAUGCAUGCCCAAUGAGAGGGGAAUGUAGACACUUUGCAAGUGCUUUUGCAAGUGCAAGACUUGCCCUACCAGGACCGGAGCAAAAAAAUAUAGUAAUCAAAAAUGGAAAUAACGCAACAUAUCAGAACCUGUCGGUAACCAUCAAUCAAUUGCCCUUGCCUCUCCCUACAAACACAAGCCAAGCAGAAGAACUUCAAGAAAUACAAGCAAGCAAACAACUUGAAGCAAGAUCCGAAAUCAAUAUUUGCCAACCAAUUAUUGAAGAGCCAUCAACUCCAGAACCAGAAUGCACCCAAGUGUUAGGAAAUGAUAUAGAGGAUGCCUUUUGUGAGGAAACAUGUGAAAUUCCAGCCAUCAAUGUAGACAUGGAAGAACUCACUUUGAAUGUACAAAAUUAUAUGGAGGAAAACAUGGAUCUUCAAGAAGGUGAAAUGUCAAAGGCCUUGGUCGCCCUUACUCCAGAAGCUGCCUGCAUUCCAACGCCCAAGCUAAAGAAUGUGAAUCGAUUGCGCACAGAGCAUUGGGUUUAUGAACUCCCAGAUUCACAUCGUCUAUUAGAAGGGUGGGAGAAGCGAGAGCCUGAUGAUCCAGGAAAAUACCUUCUAGCUAUAUGGACUCCAGGUGAGACAGCAAAUUCUACACAGCCACCAGAAAAAAAAUGCAGCUUUCAGGACUGUGGCCAGCUCUGUAAUGAGAAAGAGUGCUUUCAAUGCAACAGUUUCCGCGAAGCAAAUUCACAGAUAGUCCGAGGGACAAUCCUGAUACCAUGUCGAACAGCUAUGAGAGGGAGUUUUCCGUUAAAUGGCACCUAUUUCCAAGUCAACGAGGUAUUUGCUGAUGAUGAAUCAAGUCUUAACCCAAUUAGUGUUCCCCGAAGUUGGAUCUGGAACCUCAGGAGGCGAACAGUAUAUUUCGGAACCUCCAUCCCAACCAUUUUUAGAGGUUUAACAACACAAGAAAUUCAACGAUGCUUUUGGAGAGGAUAUGUUUGCGUGCGGGGAUUCGACAGGGAGAAAAGAGCGCCGCGCCCUCUGAAGGCCAGGCUUCACUUCCCAGCUAGCAAGUUGGAGAAGAAAAAGCCAUCAGCUCCAGCAAACACACCAGAAGAGCUUAAUCUUAAUCUGGAACCAAACCCGGAACAGCCAGAGCUGCUUGCCAACACUCCCAACCAUUAACGGACCGGUGGAGCCUGAAGACAAAUCAUUGUCAUUCACCUGUCUUGUGUUGUAUACAGUAACAAAAUUGAAGUCACUGUUAAUCACCUCUUCAGUUAGCCUUUUCAAUUUUUAUGCUCAGAGAGACAGCAGAUUUUCCCAGACUAGAACCGUGACUGUAUCAUGUUAAAGUAUAAUACGCUCUUUAGCUUCAUGGAGAGGAAUCUGAACCAGUUAAGUAGAGAUAAACUCAGGAAUGUAAUUCUAGAUCUAGUUUGUAGAAUUAAACUACAUUAUCUUAUGUCCCUCAUUUGACCA